GAGAGAGAGAGAGAGAGAGAGAGAGGAGAGAGAUUAAAGAAUUGAUCUUUGCAGCAGCUUCCCCCACUCCUUAAUCACACACGUUCAGGGGAGAGAGAGAGAGAGAGAGAGAGAAGCAGACAAAACCUCAUAAGUGCAGAUGGAGAGCAGCUAGAAGAAGAAGAAGAAGAAGAUAAGAGAGAGAGAGAGAGAGAGCGAUCAUCUACAGUGUAAAGAAGUGAAUUUUACCUGCUGUUUUUUCCAGUUUUCUAGAGAGAGAAACGGAGAUCAGAGGGUCACAUGGCAUGUGAGCACCAGCUGUGUCCCCUCCUCUCUCUCUCUCUUUCUUCUUUCUUUCCUCCUCUCUCCCUCUUCUUUGAUAAAUACCCUUCUCGCCUUCCCCUGCUCUACUUUGUUUUUCUCUCUCCUCGCUCUCUGCGCAGCAACCAGGCACCUCUCUCUGUGCUUGAGCUCUCUCUAAUGGCGGAGCUCGACCACCCCUGAGCGCUCCCUCUGUAAUAAACCAACCUCAGGGUGGAGAAAGAGGAAAGGGCGAAAAAAGGAAACAAAAAUGACCCACUUCUCUCUCUUGCUCAUAUUCCCCCUCAUCUUCCUCUCUAUCCACCAAGCUGCUUCGUCGUCGUCGUCCUCCUCCUCUGCUGUAAACACUGAUUCUCAGCAGCUCGUCGACUUCAAGAACACUCUCAAGAACCCUUCGCUCCUCCCCAACUGGCUUCCCGACCAGAACCCCUGCGCCUUUGCCGGGGUCUCCUGCAAGUCCGCCCGCGUGGCCUCCAUUGAGCUCGCCUCCCUCAGCUUGAGCACGGACUUUCACUCUGUUUCUGCCCACCUCUUGACUCUGGGGUUCUUGGAGUCUCUGUCCCUGACCUCCGCCGAAAUCGGCGGCGCUCUGUCCUUCCCGUCCGGAUCCAAAUGCAGUGCGGUCUUGAGCAGCUUAGAUCUAUCUGGGAACGCCUUGUCCGGUCCAAUCUCGGAUAUCACCAACUUGGGUCCAUGCCAGAACCUCAAAGUCCUCAACUUUUCCGGCAACAGCCUCGACUUCUUCGUGCAAGAAAGCGCCGCCGUCGCCACCGCCACCGGCCUCAAGGGGCUCGAGAAUUUGCAGGUUCUUGACCUUUCCUACAACAGGUUCUCUGGGUCUAAUGUCAAUGUUUCUCGGGUUCUGUCCGGUGGAUGCGAUGCGAUGACUCACUUGUCCCUGAGAGGGAACAAGUUGACUGGGGAUGUGGAUGUCUCGAGCUGCAGGAAGUUGCAGUACUUGGACAUAUCCAUGAACAACUUCUCAGCGAGCGUGCCUUCGCUCGGGGACUGCUCGGCCUUGGAGCAUCUGGAUGUGUCCUCCAACAGGUUCUCUGGCGAUAUUGGGCGUGCGGUCUCUGCUUGCUCUCAGCUCAGCUUCUUGAACCUCUCCAACAACCACUUCUCAGGUCUAAUCCCUUCGUUCCCGACCAAGAACUUGCAGUUUCUUCAUCUGUCUAGGAACGAGUUUCAGGGGGAGAUCCCUCCUGGCCUCGCCGAGGUUUGUCCAGGUCUCGUGGAGCUCGAUCUUUCUCAGAAUAACUUGUCCGGUGUGAUUCCUGCUAGUUUCAGUUCUUGCUAUGCUCUGCAAUCUAUCGACUUGUCUAAUAAUAACUUCUCUGGUGAGUUGCCCGUGAAUUUGUUCAUGAGAAUGAGCAAGGUGAGGAAGUUGGUUUUGUCAUUCAAUAAUUUCGCGGGCGGUCUGCCGGAUUCUUUUUCGAAUUUGACUUCCUUGGAGAUGUUGGAUCUGAGCUCAAACAAUCUCUCUGGGAUGAUUCCUAAUGGCUUGUGUCAAGAUCCUAGGAAUAGCUUGAAGGAGCUCUAUCUUCAGAACAAUGGGUUCACGGGUUCAAUCCCGCAGUCCCUGAGCAACUGUUCUCAGCUGGUUUCGCUCGAUUUGAGCUUCAAUUACUUGAAGGGUGGGAUUCCGCCUAGUUUGGGUUCUCUGUCUAGGCUCCACGAUUUGAUCAUUCUGUUGAACGAACUCGAUGGAGAGAUCCCUCAGGAACUCACGUAUGUCCAGACACUAGAGAGCUUGAUUCUGGACUUCAAUGAGUUGACGGGCGCCAUCCCGUCUGGUCUGCGCAACUGCAGUAACUUGAAUUGGAUCUCACUCUCCAACAAUCAUCUGAAUGGAGAGAUCCCAGGUUGGAUAGGGCAGCUCUCCAAUCUCGCAAUCCUCAAGCUCAGCAACAACUCGUUCUAUGGCAGAAUACCACCCGAGCUCGGCGACUCUCGCAGUUUGAUCUGGUUGGAUCUCAACAGCAAUCUCCUCAACGGGAGCAUCCCGCCCGAGCUGUUCAAAGAAUCGGGCAACAUCGAGGUUAAGUUCAACAAUGACAAGAGGUACGCUUACAUUAAGAAUGAUGGCAGCAAAGGGUGUCAUGGAGCUGGGAAUUUGCUUGAGUUCGCGGGGAUUAGGCCGGAACAAUUGAACAGGCUUUCCACCAGGAACCCCUGCAACUUCACCAGAGUGUACAAAGGUGUGAUCCAACCCACAUUCAAAAAUAACGGGUCGAUGAUUUUCCUUGAUAUCUCGCACAAUAUGCUGUCGGGCAGCAUUCCGAAGGAAAUUGGAUCUAUGUUCUAUCUAUAUAUUCUGAACUUGGGCCAUAACAAUAUCUCUGGCCCUAUUCCACCCGAGAUCGGGUAUUUGCACACUGUCAACAUUCUCGACCUAUCGAACAAUGAACUGGAAGGAGGCAUCCCAGGGACAUUGAGCAAGUUAUCAAUGCUCACCGAGAUCAAUUUAUCGAAUAACCGACUCACAGGGUCCAUCCCGGAGAAUGGGCAGAUGGGUACUUUACCGGCUUCGAGCUUCAUGAACAAUACAGGACUUUGUGGGAUCCCCCUUCCGCCAUGCAGUUCUGACCCGGCCUCAAGUGCCAAUUCCGAGCACCAGAAGUCACACCGGAGGCAAGCGUCCCUCGCGGGAAGCGUGGCGAUGGGUUUGCUGUUCUCGCUGUUCUGCAUUUUAGGGCUGAUGUUUGUGGCGAUGGAGUCGAGGAAGAGGAGGAAGAAGAAGAAGGAGGCAGAGCUCGAUGUCUACAUUGACAGUCGUUCCCAGUCAGGGCCUGCCAAUGCUAGCUGGAAGCUCACGAGCGUGCAAGAGGCUCUCAGCAUAAACUUCGCCACGUUUGAGAAGCCCCUCCGGAAGCUGACCUUCGCUGACCUCCUCAAUGCCACCAACGGGUUCCACAACGAUAGCCUCAUCGGCUCAGGUGGGUUCGGUGAUGUGUACAAGGCUCAGUUGAAGGAUGGGAGUGUGGUCGCCGUCAAGAAGUUGAUCCACGUGAGCGGACAGGGCGACCGUGAAUUCACCGCCGAGAUGGAGACCAUCGGGAAGAUCAAGCACCGCAACUUGGUGUCGCUCCUGGGGUACUGCAAAGUGAAGGAAGAACGGCUCUUGGUCUACGAAUACAUGAAGUACGGAAGCCUCGAGGAUGUCCUGCGUGAUCAGAAGAAGAUCGGGAUCAAGCUCAACUGGGCCGUGAGGAGGAAGAUCGCCGUCGGCGCCGCUAGGGGACUGGCUUAUCUCCAUCACAAUUGCAACCCGCACAUCAUUCACCGAGACAUGAAGUCGAGCAACGUGUUGCUCGAUGAGAACCUUGACGCUAGGGUCUCAGAUUUCGGGAUGGCAAGGCUGAUGAGCGCUAUGGACACCCAUUUGAGUGUCAGCACGCUAGCCGGCACUCCCGGGUACGUCCCUCCAGAAUAUUACCAGAGCUUCCGAUGUUCCACCAAGGGCGACGUAUACAGUUAUGGGGUGGUCCUGCUCGAGCUGCUGACCGGGAAGCGGCCGACGGACUCGGCUGAUUUCGGGGACAACAAUCUCGUCGGGUGGGUGAGACAGCACGCCAAGCUGAAAAUAAGGGACGUCUUCGACCAGGUGCUGAUAAAAGAAGACCCCAACCUGGAGAUUGAGCUGUUGCAGCACCUGAAGGUUGCCUGCGCGUGCCUAGACGACCGGCCCUGGCGGCGCCCCACGAUGAUCCAAGUCCUAGCGAUGUUCAAGGAGAUACAGGCGGGAUCGGGCCUCGACUCCAUAUCCACCAUUGCCACGGAGGACGGGGGUUUCAGCUCGGUGGAAAUGUCGGACCUGAGCAUACAAGAAGGCCCCGAGUCCGGCAACCAGUAGCCUAAUCAAAUCGAAAACCCCCAUCAUUUUGCGAAGAGAAAAAAGUUUUCCGAACGCACACAAACAGCAAAAGAAAAGCGGUAACGGUCUCUAGUCAGCUCGAAAAUCAAAUUUUUCCCCUACAAUGUAAGUUCCAGAUUAGUCGUCGUCCUCUGUAUCUCCGUGAAUUCGAUGUAUGUAUCAGCAUGUAAUUCAGAACAAAAAAAAAGGACUCUUGUUCUUCCAUACGUAUAGGGCUGGUUUUCCUUUGAACUUUGGUCGCAAGAUGUUGUAUAUAUUUGGCCUUCCAGUUGAAUUAUGUUUCUGCCUCCUCUGU